GAGUAGAUCUCACAGGUCAAUCCACCCACGUCUCUCCAGACAAAUCACGUGACUGUUUACGUAACUGGAUCGAACCGAACGAGUUGUCCCCAACGCUAAAGCCCACUCCCCCUUCUCCUUUCCGAGGGGUCUUUCUCGUUGUACAGUUUCUCGCACCGCACCGCGACUUGUACUUGGCUCCAUCAAAUUCCCUCCACUUCCACCCCUAUAUCUCAUUACAUUGAUUCAUCUCAAAAAUUUGAAAAACCAAAUGUUGAUGUACAGUUGAUGAGAGAGAUCAAAUGGAUGUGGAGAAAUCGUCCCUUUGCAAUUGCGUCGUUAAUUUUCUGUUGGAAGAGAACUACUUGUUAACCGCAUUCGAACUCCUUCACGAACUUCUCGAUGAUGGACGUGAUGAUCAAGCGAUUCGUCUCAGAGAGUUCUUCUCCGAUCCUUCCCAAUUCCCUCCCGAUCAGAUCUCUCGCUUCAAUUCUCUCCGAGUCGCAGAUCCCCAAAGUCUGCUUGAAGAAAAAGAAGCCCUGGAAGAAAAGUUGGCCCUCUGUGAAUAUGAGUUUCGUUUAGCUCAAGAGGACAUUGUCCUACUAAAGACUGAGUUGCAAAAGAAAAGUCAGACUAUUCCUUGUCCAAUAAGUGAUUCAAAGAUCAAUGUUUCGGAAUACCAUGGAACUGAUUUUCAAAAGCAGAAGAGGGAAGGUUCUUUCUCUGAUUUGGGUCCUUUGAAGGAUAAUGAGCGGAAGGAUUUGAACUAUGCUGUAAAGGAGUAUUUACUAUUAGCAGGAUACCGCUUAACUGCAAUGACAUUAUUGGAGGAGGUUACUGAUCAAGACCUAGAUGUUCAGCAGAACUCCUCUGCGUGCGUUCCAGAUGCUUUGCGCCAUUACUAUUAUCAGUACCUUUCUUCCACGUCAGAGGCUGCUGAGGAAAAAAUUGCUAUGCUUAGAGAAAACACGUCGUUGGUGAAAGAAAAUGAAAAGCUGAAAAAUGAACAGCAGUACUUGCUUAAGAGUAAAGAUAUGGCAGAUGCCCAAGUCACAGUAUUGGCAAAAUCCUUAGAAGCAUUGCAGAAAGAAAUGAAGGACAAGGAGAUUCUGGUUCAGAGUUUGAAGCAAUCUCUAGAUAGUCAAAGACAAGAAUUGAACGGAUAUAGAGCUGAAAUAACUUCUCUAAAAAUGCAUAUAGAGGGUGCUCGUUCUGCACAGAAUUUUGUAGCAAGUGAUUUUGAAGGUGCUAACUUACCAUCAAUAGAUAGUUACAAGGAAGAGAUAAAGGUUCAGAAUGAAAUCCAGAGGUUGAAAUUGGCAACAGAUUCUUUGAACAGCCAGUCUCCUGAAAAUAUCAAUGAAGAAGCUACAAAUACACAUCCUGAAAAUGAAGCUGAAAAAUUAAGGGAUCAUAAUGUCUUUGAUGAUUCAGCUGCUGUUUCUUCUGGAGAUUUAGGAAUUGUAUAUUCUCAGUUAAAGACUCAAACAUCAGAUUCUCAGUUAUUAAUGACUCAAACCUCUGCUGACAUAAUUAAUGAACACGAGGAAGUGGUAGAAGUUUCAAAUGAUAAUGGCGUUGAUGAUAAAACUGAGAAUGUACUCAAACACAAUGGUGAGCUACCUUCAGAAAGUAAAGGUCUGAUCUUGAAAUCAGACAAUCUAUUGGUCCAAUCAAAUGCUGAAAAGAUUGGUUUGGGGACUAUUCAGAUCCUUUCAGAUGCAUUGCCAAAAAUUGUACCUUAUGUGUUGAUCAACCACCGAGAGGAGCUUCUUCCUCUAAUAAUGUGUGCAAUUGAGCGCCACCCGGAUAGCAGUACACGGGAUUCCUUGACUCAUACAUUAUUCAACUUAAUCAAGCGUCCGGAUGCAGAACAGAGGCGGAUUAUAAUGGAUGCUUGUGUCACCCUUGCCAGAAAUGUUGGAGAGAUGAGAACGGAAACUGAACUACUUCCUCAGUGUUGGGAACAAAUCAAUCACAUGUAUGAGGAGCGCCGCUUGCUAGUUGCUCAAUCUUGUGGAGAACUUGCUGAAUUCGUGCGCCCUGAGAUUCGAGAUUCUCUUAUCUUGUCUAUUGUGCAACAGCUCAUCGAGGAUUCUGCUACAGUUGUUCGGGAGGCUUCUGCUCAUAAUUUGGCGUUGCUGCUGCCUCUCUUCCCAAGUACGGACAAAUAUUUCAAGGUUGAGGAGUUGAUGUUUCAAUUGGUGUGUGAUCCAUCUGGAGUGGUAGUGGAAACAACAAUCAAGGAACUUGUUCCAGCUUUAGUAAACUGGGGGAAGGAAUUGGAUCAUUUGCUACAAGUUUUAUUGUCUCAUGCUUUGGGGUCUGCUCAGCGGUGUCAACCUCUUUCAGGGGUUGAAGGUUCUAUUGAGUCACAUCUUCGUGCACUAGGAGAGAGAGAACGGUGGAACAUAGAUGUUCUGCUGCGCUUACUGACAGAGUUGUUUACAUUUGUGUGCAAGAAAGCUAUUGAUACCUGUCCAUUCCCAUUGGUUUCGGAUGAUGAAAGACUAGUCUUUUCUACUUCAGUGCUUGAACAGUAUGCUGGAGGAAAGAUGGAGUGGCCUUCUUUUGAGUGGUUGCAUAUAGACUGCUUUUCAGCAUUGAUUGAACUAGCCUCUCUAUUACCCCAGAAGGAAGAUAACCUAAGGAAUCGAAUUACGCGGUUUCUAUUGGCAGUUUCAGACCUGCUGGGGGAACCUUACCUGACACACAUCAUGCUACCUGUAUUCUUGGUGGCAGUUGGUGAUGACGGUGACUUAUCAUAUUUCCCUGCAACAUGCCAAUCAAGAAUAAGAGGUUUGAAACCCAAAACUGCAGUAGCUGAAAGACUAGCGGCUAUUUGUGUCCUGCCUCUUCUGCUGGCAGGUGUUUUAGGAUCUCCUAGAAAGCAUGAACUACUGACAGAGUACUUGAGAAAUCUCUUGAUUCAAACUUCCGGACAAGAGAGUCAGACAGUGAAGCGCGAGAUUUUCUAUUCUGUUCGCUUCCUUUGCACUUUUGAUGAACAUCACAAUCUGAUUUUUAACAUCCUCUGGGAAAUGGUUGUGAGUUCAGAUAUAAACAUGAAGGCGACAGCUGCCAAUCUUUUCAAAGUCAUUGUUCCAUGUAUUGAUGCCAAGGUUGCCUCAACUCAUGUUUUGCCUGCUCUUGUAACACUUGGUUCUGACCAAAACUUGAAUGUGAAAUAUGCCAGUAUUGAUGCUUUCGGAGCUGUGGCACAGCAGUUUAAAAACGAUGCGAUUGUUGAUAAAAUACGUGUUCAAAUGGAUGCUUUUCUUGAAGAUGGAUCACAUGAAGCUACAUUAGCUGUAGUUCGUGCAUUGGUGAUGGCAGUGCCACAUACCACAGAGAGGCUUAGAGAUUAUCUGUUGUCCAAGAUUUUCCUACUUACAGCAACACCUCCUCCUUCAAGUGACAUGAUGCGUCGCUGCGAGAGAGCCAACACAUUUUGUGAAUCAAUCCGUGCUCUUGAUGCUACUGAUCUUUCUGCUUCAAGUGUCAGAGACUUCCUUCUACCCGCAAUUCAAAAUCUGUUAAAAGAUGCUGAUUCUCUUGAUCCAGCACACAGAGAAGCUCUGGAGAUUGUAAUGAGGGAAAGGUCUGGUGGAACAUUUGAUACAAUCAGCAAGGUAAUGGGUGCUCAUCUGGGAAUUGCGUCAUCAGUAAGCAGCUUCUUUGGUGAUGGUGGUUUACUAGGGAAAAGGGAAGCGGGAGAUGCAUCACCACCACCAGCACCGCCAGUGGAAAUUGAACCUCUGAGGCCCGUCGUCACACAUGCAGCAGCAGCAGCAGAAGACACUAGAUUUAGGCGGAUCAUGAGAGGUGGUUUUACAGACAUGCUCAGAGGAAAAGCAAAAGGCACCGAGGAUACACCCCCAAGUCAAUGAUAAUGGCUCUUUCCUUUUGCAGGAGAGUAAAAAAGGAAAGAAAGUUUCAUAUGUUGUUGUGCAGUAGAGACUACAAUGCUUCCAAUUUGUUGAUUCUGCACCGAAGUUUUCCCUUCAUAGGGAAGAAAUUUUGCAAUUUAUUUGAUUCUUUAUAUAUAUAUAUAUAUAUAUAUAUAUAUAUAUAUAUAUCCAAGACAUGUAAUGAAUUUGCCAACAGAACAGAAAGUGUCUACAUUUAAUAGUUGUACAAAUGAUAUGGGAGAUUCACUGUUCUAGCAGUCUUUUUAACACCAAUCCCAUCAAAUAGCUCCAUCGCCUCGCUGCUCCAGGAAUGCCUUUUCUGUACAUUAAGGAUUGGCCAAUUCGAUCUCAAAAGCCCAGUGGGAGAUGCUUUGCAAAAAGAUGUUAUUCAUUCAAUAAUCUGCUAAUACAAUGUACGUUGCG